GUCUGGGGAACCUCAUCUGUUAUACGCUAUUUAUCAAAGUAUGAUCGCUGCUUACCUGGUGUUUCUCUCCAUCUACAGCGGUUUCGCCUCAAAACAUGGAGUGAAAGUAUUCAUCUAUUUCACAUACUGGAAUCUCUAUUUAUGUAGUUUGACGUUUAUUAUGAAAGCCUAUCACGCCUGGCAAUUCUAUCAGAAAUAUAGGGACAACAAAGAAAAACGUCCGACAGACCUGAGCACAGGCAUGAAGUUCCAAUGGGUUCUUUACAACAUUACUUGCAGUGGAGGGAUAAUCGUGGCCAUUUUAUACUGGCUGGUCCUAUAUCAUCCAGGUAAAACCACCAGCUUCCUCGGCAUCAACACCCACGGCGUCCUUGCAAGCAUCAUCCUCAUCGAUAUAUUUAUCACGGCCCUACCAGUUCGACUUCUUCACGCAUGGAUGAGUUCUGUAUACGCAGCUCUGUUCAGCAUCUUCUGCUUUUUCUAUUGGCAAGCCGGUGGCAAAAACACCAAAGACAAACCGUAUAUUUACUCGGUCAUCGACUUUUCAAACAACUGGGAAAUGGCCCUGAUUUGUAUCUUCUCACUCAUUUUUUUCAUGGGACCACUGUUACACACUUUCCUUUUCUGUUUGCAUCUACUGCGGAGAACUAUUUAUAACCGAAUGUCUUGCUUACACCGCGAGAAGACAUUGUUACACGAACAGGGACUCAGUGAAAAUACCGAGAUGCAACAAACAUCAGACAAAGAGACGUUAAAUAUGAACAGUGUGUAGAGAAUUGAAUAAUUAUACCCGUUUUGUAUACAGGUGUGUGUGUGUAUAUACUUAUGUCUGUUAAUGAGCAGAUGGAAAGACAUAUUGUAAUAUAGCCAUAUAAUCAUAAUAUCUACUGUAUGUAUAUAUGAAUGUAUGUAUAUAAGUGUGUAUAUAUAUGAAUGUAUGUAUGUGUGUAUGUACAGUUGUAUAAAUGUAUAUUGAAUGUAUGAAUGUAAUGUAUAUGAACACAUAAGCUGUAAUAUAGCCUAUCAUUUUAUCUAUUGUAUAUAUAUUUCUUAAGUAUACACUUCCACACGUGCACCCUCACAUAUCAGUGUGUAUGUGUCUGUAUAUAAAUGUGUCUACAUCUACACACACACACACACACACGUGUAUGUAUACGUGUAUGUGUGUGUGUGGUUGUAAGUAUGUAUACCAAAGGUGAGUUCGUGUGCGUGUGUAUAUAUAUAAAUAUAUAUUUCGUCUUUUACCUUUGCCAGGAGAAUCAGUGUUCAUUAUAUUAAGUCCUCUCUCUUUCUCCUUGUGUGUGUGUAUAAAUAUUGAUCUUUAGCAGAAACAAUAGAUAAGUACCAAUACACGAAACUCUCGGCCCUUGAGCCUCUCUGUUGCUUCUGCUAAAAAGUCAACAAAAUACACAUAUCCUCAUAUCUUGAGUUCUAAUUUUCCUGUUUGAAUCACCAUACCUACAUAUAUAAUAUACAUAUACACGCACACACACAUAUACACACAAACAUAUGUGUAUAUAU